AAUGGAUAAAUAUUGCGAGGAAGGCGAAGGCUAUAAAAGGCAGCAGUACAAUCUUGGCGCACUGUGAUGCUCCCCUUGGGCCAAAAUUAGCACUAGCCAUAUUGUCAGUCCAUUUUCGUUCUCCUAUAUCCAGAAGCAUACACACGUACACACGAGUAGCUCAGCACGUGCCAACUUGGUGUCAUGAGUGUGUGUCAAGAACAAACAAACGCUCAUGCCAGCAAGGCCUCACGGCAGCCGACCCGCAGCCGCCAUCAGUGAGUGGCCAAGACGACACUCGGGACUGACGAAGGUAGCGAGACGGUUCUGUGCCUCGUACUGGUACUCUGUUUACGCCGCCACAUCGGGUAGGGUUUCAUGAUUUUUUUCUGAGUGACGCCAUCUUUUGUGACGCGCCAGAGGAGGAAAAGGCCAAGUAUGAUGUGAUGGCCGAGACAGAGGGGCGGCACACCACUCUGCGGGAGGAGAUCGUUGCACUUCACCAGAAAGGUGAGGCCCACACCAUCCUCUCUCUUGUCUCCACCUUCACGGAAAAUAAGACCCGCCCUUGGGAUCCACUGCUGCUCUGGGUGCAGCCUCAGCCAUGCUGCCUCUACGCCUUGGCCGCCCAUGUCAGGGCCGCCAACAUCUCUGCUCUGGUAUCCGUUGGCUGCGGCACUGGCCUGCUAGAGUGGCUCAUUCAGGCCAUCACAGGUCUUUCUGUCGUGGGUUAUGAAGUGAAUGCCAGUUGGUGGACCUCCAAGUACGCCCCGCCGACGUUCAUUCCGCUGACCUUCGUUGACCAGGACGCCUCUCCUCCCAAAGUGCCGCCCACUCACGCUCUCAUGUGCUGCUACUUCAAUAACGCCAAAGUGUUUCGGCAAUACGUGUCUGCCUAUGAGGGUCCCGUGCUGCUCAUCAUAGGGGCCACGUCUGGGGACCGCCACACUGACCCCCACCCCCUGGACUACGUGGACAGGGACACGUGGCGCCUCACACUCACUCAUCGGAUCUCCACACACGACCUCCUGGCGGGCUACCACCGCCAAACUAUAUAAACUAUAGUAUAUUUAUAGAAGACAUCAUGAUGUGCUUACCUUAACUACCGUCACCACACACAAUCCACACAAUAGGCCCACCACAGACUAAGGAACUCAGGAGCAGCUCAGUCUGGUAUGACAUGGCACCAGCGCUAAGGAGCAUUCUCCAGAGUGAAUUCAGCUUGUGGCAUGGGUUAAAUUUGUAGCUUCUUGUUAAUUAAAAAAGAAAACGUA